AUGUCCCAUAGGUCCCUGGCUGUCGGGCCCCAGUACUCAUCCCUGGGCACACAGCCCAUCCUUUGUGCCAGCAUCCCAGGCCUAGUACCCAAACAGCUGCGCUUCUGUCGGAACUACGUGGAGAUCAUGCCCAGCGUGGCAGAGGGCGUCAGGAUCAGCAUCGAGGAGUGCCAGCACCAGUUCCGCGGCCGCAGGUGGAACUGCACCACCAUCAACAACAGCCUGGCCAUCUUUGGCCCUGUGCUGGACAAAGCCACCCGGGAGUCCGCCUUCGUGCACGCCAUUGCCUCCGCCGGAGUGGCCUUCGCAGUGACACGCUCCUGCGCGGAGGGCUCCGCUGCCAUCUGCGGAUGCAGCAGCCGUCACCAGGGCUCUCCAGGCCACGGCUGGAAAUGGGGUGGCUGCAGCGAGGACAUCGAGUUUGGUGGGAUGGUGUCUCGGGAGUUCGCGGAUGCAAGAGAGAAUAGGCCUGACGCCCGCUCUGCGAUGAACCGCCACAACAAUGAGGCUGGGCGCCAGGCCAUCGCAAGUCACAUGCACCUCAAGUGCAAGUGCCACGGGCUGUCGGGCAGCUGCGAGGUGAAGACCUGCUGGUGGUCGCAGCCCGACUUCCGCGCCAUCGGCGACUUCCUUAAGGACAAGUACGACAGCGCCUCGGAGAUGGUGGUGGAGAAGCACCGCGAGUCGCGCGGCUGGGUGGAGACGCUGCGGCCGCGCUACACCUACUUCAAGGUGCCCACGGAGCGCGACCUGGUCUACUACGAGGCCUCGCCCAACUUCUGCGAGCCGAACCGCGAGACCGGCUCCUUCGGCACGCGCGACCGCACCUGCAACGUGAGCUCGCCGGGCAUCGAUGGCUGCGACCUGCUGUGCUGCGGCCGGGGCCACAACAUCUUGGGGUACGCUGACCUCUACUCUGGAGACAUGCACCCCUACUGA